AUGGCGCUGGCGCUAUUCUACCGUAGGCUUUCUCCGCAGAGAUGGUGGAAAUGGAGCGUGUAUAGCGUCUUUUUCCUCGUUGCUGGCUAUAAUCUAGCCAUCUUGCUCGUGGUUCUGUUCGGAUGUACGCCGUUCAAGAAAAGUUGGGAUCUCACGAUACUCGAAGGAUCGUGCGUGGAUCGAGGAGCGGUGUAUAUCUGCACAGCGACCCUAGGCAUUCUUUCAGAUCUCAUCCUUCUUAUCAUGCCAUUGCCGAUGAUUCUGCAGCUGCAGAUGCAGAUGCCACGACGCCAAAAGGUUGGUCUUGUGGUCCUGUUUGUCAUUGGUUCUGCAACACUUGUAACGUCUGUGGUUCGACUAGUACUACUGGUUCGGAUAGUUGAUGCAAACGACUACACCUGGGUUCUCUCCAGUGCAGCGGUCUGGAUUUUUGUCGAAGCCAAUCUUCUGAUAAUAUGCGCGUCGCUGACGACGCUUCGUCGUUUCUUCAUCCAUGUCGCACCCAAAUUCAUUGGCGAACGCGGGUCCUCAGUUCAAUACUCCGCAACCAGUAAAGGAACACGACAACAUCCAUUCCAGACAAUAGGGAUCAUUAGGAACAAAACCCGGAAGGAUAGACUCGAUGUCCAGAUUGAAGAUCCCGGAUUCGACCUCAAGACAAUCGUCCAGGCGCAGCCCGUGACGACCGAAGUGACGGCGUAUGAGACAGACGAACAGCCAGAACAGAUGAUACGGCACUUGCGGAGACAAGAGUCAUUGAAAAAGUUUGGCGAGGCUCAGACUCAGACUCAAUUGUGGGAUCCCCGCAACAGCAGCAGCGAUGAUGAGGAGCGGGCGAUUGUCCAGACGAAAACGGUGACAGUUGUAUACGGGCCAAGGACGGAAUGA